AUGGCAUGGAUCUCACACGAACUGGACCAUGCCGACCACCAAAAUGAACCUGAACACAGCUGCUCUAUGGAUGAUGACACCCUGAGUGAUGAUCCGUUAGAGAAAGAAAUUACCACGAUACUCGAAGAGUUUUCUCCUGAAAAAUCAAUGAGAAGACUGGAAUCGUGUGAAAUAGUGAUGGGGUAUGAAAUCCUUGAAGUAGGAGAAGAUGACCUCAACGUUCAAGAGUUAUUGGAAUUGGACCACAAGAUUUUCCAAGCGAUCAAAUCACUAAAUGAUGAUGAUGAUGAUGAUGAUGAUGAUGAUGAUGAUGAUGAUCAAAACGCAAUCGAGGAGGAUGAUUCGGACUCAGAUUUCAGUGAGGAUCUAAUAGAUACAUCUGAGUACCAAGACUUAAAAAUAAAGUACCGACAAGUUUCUAUUGAGUUAGCAGUGACUGCAGAUGGAAAUACCAAGAUGUAUAAUGCCUACUAUAAUUUAGCAUUGAGGUAUCGUGAUUUAAAAUUCGAGCUCCAGCGACUUAAAAAGGCCAAGGAACCCUCCACAGAAGAUAAAGAACUCAAAAGAGAGGAUAAUGACGACAUUGUGCGGGAAAAUGGCCAGCUUAAAAGGCAGCUUUCCGAAUUAAAGUCACUAAGCAUCGAUCAAGGAGAACGAUUGAAAGAAGAAUUCAAUAAAAGAACCGAAGAUUUGCAGAAAAUGGUGGAGCUCUUGACCGAUGAGAAAUUAUCAUUGGCAAAGCAAAAUGAUCUCCUAGAUAAACAGCUUCGGGAGACAAAAACCAAACUACGGGAAUUGCAACAAAAUGAAAUUGCCCUCUCGCAAAUCCAAACGGAAAAUGAGAUUCUUUCUAGAAAUCUUCGAAAUCUCGAAACCGUGGAAAAGUCUCUUCAGACUUGCCAUGAAACGAUUUAUUCCCAAAAGGAAAUAAUCAACGAACUUCAAGAAUAUAAAGAAUCAACGGAAAAGGAAUUGCAAGAAUUGCAAGAUGAAAAUAAAAGCUUGGCUGCUACUAUCACAGAACUUCAAUUGAAACUUAGUCAAGAACAACAAGCUUCAUCAACGCUUAUCCAGAAGCAUGCAGAAAAGGACAAACAAUUUGCCGAUAAAGAGAAACAAUUCAUGACAGACAUCAAUAAGCUAAGGUCACAACAGCAUUUGAGAAGUGCGUCUGAUGAUUUCUAUCCUUCUAAGCAAAAUUAUAGAUUCGGAGUCAAAGUUAAUAAUAAUUCCGUUAGUUCCUCCAGCAGAAGUAGCUCAUUAAUGUCCAGCCAUGCUGUACUCAAUGAUCAAAGAAUGAAAAACUCUGAGAGCUCAUCGUCUAAUCUUUUUGAUCAUGAUCAUAAUGAGUUUGCUCCCCUGGUUACUACAGCCACUCAAAAUGGCGUGAUAAGAGAUGGUUCAAUUGGCAAUAAUUCAGGUAAGCAAAAUCCUUUCUAUGUCGGGAAACCUUCCUCUUUGAAAUCAAUGGUUAGAAAAGCGUCGGCAAUACCGAUUGAGUCCAUUGAAGAAGCACAAGAGCACGGACAAGCCAUUGAAGAAGAUAAAAAUUACUCUCCUAGGCGUGGCAGUACCCUCGUUCUCCACCACCAUCCACACCGCACCACUUAUGAGAAUAUAAAUGGUUUGCAGGAACAUGGCCAUAUUCAGGACACUAUUGCAGAGCGACGAGCGGAUAGUUUGUUAGCCACUUCCAAGCUUCAACCUGUAAAUAUCCCAAAAUCGUUCUCGGUAGGCUCGCUACUUAAAUCAACUUCAAUCCCGGCAAUAAUAAAAUCAACUUCAUUCAACAAUAAGGCUUGUUUAAGCAAUGGCAGCUUCGAUGCAAACGCUUUAUUUGGCUCGGUGGUACCAAUCAGCUCUGCGUCGUCCAAUCUUCAAGAGAAAAGGAAUUUCAACAUCAAUGAUGUGGCAAACUAUGAAGGUGCAUUUGGCAAGAUACAAACAUUGGAAAUUGAUCUGGAUGAGUAUCGAGAUUUUGACGAGCCAGAUGGUAGUCCAAGAUGGGUAUCUAAACCGAAAAUUGAUGUAAAACCCGUGGGGUACAUUCUGGGAUCUAGACCGUCGCAACACCGAAGAUCAAGGUCGAUGAUGAAUCAAAAUACUACCAGUUUAUUUUCCAAUUACGUCAACAAGCAAAAAUUGACGAAAUCUGGAUCUAUGUCUGCCAAUUUAAACUAUGGAGGGUACGGUAAUAAUAGUGGAGCAUCUAUCGAAGAUGGCAAUCUAAAAGGGUUGUAUACCAAAAAGUUCCACAGCUCAAAUAAUAUUCAAAGAUUCGCUUAA